AUGAGUUCAAGCGGAAUAGCCGCACUUUACGAACUUAGUAAGAUUGCGGCUGAUGGAAAUAAUUUAAUUACAGUUUCCUCUUCUCAAACAAAAUCGGUUUUACACAAAAAAGAGGAGGACGGACAUCCGCAGCUACGGUCUGUGAUGGUUUAG